CGGCGGGCUUUAGGACCCGGAAGCCACCGUCCACAUUCCUGUGCAUUUAAAUAGGAAAGUCAUUAUUAUGCAGAUGAGACCAACACACCUUUUCUUGUCGGGGGAGGUAAGAAAGCCUCCAGCUGCCGUCCUCCGUCACUAAUGUCCGUGUGAAGCCAGCGUGAGCCGCUCCGGAACCCUUCCAGGCCGCCGGUGUGAGUCCCUCCAUGCCCGCCGUGUUAACCUGACCUGCCCGCAGUCUCCUGCCGUGACACCGACCCCCCUCCCCCCCGCGGUGGAAUGAGUUUUAUCACCAACUGGAGGCGAAGCGUGAAGAAGAAUGACAGUCAAAAGAGUCUGGAACAGGCCCAAGACACCCCUGUCAGCCCGGAGUCCCCGAGCCGGUUGUCGGUCAUAAACAACCCAGAUCUGGAUCCCAUCAUCACUGACUUUAAGUUACAGCUGCCUGAAAACAAAGAUGCUCCAAAUCCAUCAAAUGGGUGCUCGCGGUCCGACCUGUCUCUGGCUCUGGAGGACUGCAUGGCUGCCCUGGAUCUGUUCCUCAGGAAUGACUUUGAGGAGGCGCAGGCACGUCUCAGAUGCAGAACAAAAGACAGCAUGUACCACGCUCUGACCUAUGCCACCAUCCUGGAGAUGCAGGCCAUGAUGACCUUUGACCCUCACCACAUUCUGGCGGCGGGCAGCACGAUGAAGGAGGCGCAGGCUCUCUGUCAGCGGCACCGAAAGAAGUCCAGCUUCUCCAAAAGCUUCACAGAAGAUGAACUCCAUGCUGAAGUGUGCUAUGCAGAAUGUCUCCUGCAGAGGGCAGCGCUCACCUUCCUUCAGGAUGAAAACAUGAUCAGUUUCAUCAAAGGCGGAAUCAAAGUGAGGAACAGCUACCAAACUUACAAAGAGCUUCAUGGUAUCCUCCAGUCCUCUGGAUACACUCAUGGUGACAACCAUGGUCAUUUUGAGGGUGGUGUUAAGCUAGGAGUGGGAGCCUUCAACCUAAUGAUUUCCAUGUUGCCCACACGGACGCUUAAGCUUCUGGAGUUUGUGGGUUUCUCUGGUAAUAAGGAGUUUGGUCUCCAGCAGCUUCAGGAGGGCUCUGCAGAGAGCACGUUCAGGUCCUUCCUGUGUAAUAUGCUGCUGCUCUGCUAUCACACAUUCAUGAGCUUCAUUUUAGGAACUGGAGAGGGAGACGUCCAGGACGCCGAAAAACUUUUGCAGCCUUAUCUGAAAAAAUACCCGAAGGGAUCCAUCUUUUUGUUCUUUGCUGGUCGAAUUGAAGAGAUCAAAGGUAACCUGGAUGCUGCUAUCGAGCGCUUCGAGGAGUGCUGCGAGGCGCAGCAGCAGUGGAAGCAGUUCCACCACAUGUGCUACUGGGAGCUGAUGUGGUGCUUCACAUACAAGAGGCACUGGAAGAUGGCCUACUUCUACGCUGACCUACUAAGCAAGGAGAACUCGUGGUCCAAGGCUACCUACGCGUACAUGAAAGCAGCCUACCUCAGCAUGCUGACGGAGGAUGAUUGCCUAACAUUUGGGGAGACUGCACUGACUCUGUUCAGGCAAGUCCCUGGGCUGAAGCAGAAAAUAGCUGGGAAAUCUUUACCCACUGAGAAGUUUGCCAUCAGGAAGGCCCGCCGCUACUUUGCAGAAAAGCCUGUUCCUCUUCCUGCUGCUCCGCUGGAGAUGAUGUACAUCUGGAAUGGCUAUACAGUCAUCGGCAAACACAAAGACCUGACGGAGGCUAUGCUGAAAACUCUGGACGAGGCGCAGGCUAAACUUGAAAGCACUCAGAAUGAUCAGUGUUUGAUGAGCCUCCUGAAAGGGCUUUGUCUUAAACACCUUGGACACCACGAGGAGGCUGAACACUACUUUACGCUUGUCCUCUGCAAUGAGACUCAGAUCAAAUACGACCACUACUUAGUUCCUAAUGCUCUUCUGGAGCACGGCCUGCUGUGUCUCGAGCAAGGGAGAAGAGAUGAAGCCAUUAAACUCCUAGAAGGAGCAAAGAACAAUUACAAAAACUACUCAAUGGAAUCAAGAACGCACUUCCGUAUACAAGCUGCUUUGCACAAGGCCAAGGGAACCGGGGAGAAUGGCAUCCAUGUGCCCUCCAGCCCAUAACAGACAGCAGAAGGCACACCAGGGCUGGAAAAAAGCGUUGUUGCUUCAGCCCUACCAUGCAACCUUCAAUCGCUCGAGCCAAGCGGGUCAUUUUUCCUUUCAUCAAGGGCUUUGGGGAAGAGGGGGUUUAGUUUUCCUAACGUGUGCCAGAUAUUAAGGAGAGACAGUGAACUUUUCUUUAACGUGUCAUUUGCAAUAGAAAUUAGUUUUUAAAAAAUUACCUCCAAAAAUUUUCUUUGUCUUUAACUGGGCACCUAUAAGGGUUUCCUCGCAGAUGAAAACAAGUUUAGAUUUGUGUGAUAUUAGCAGUGGAUUGUUCCCAGUAUCAACCCUGACAAGAAAUCAGCCUGGUGCAGGGUACUAGGGCUGAACCAGGGAGUUCCGACCAGCCUCCCCCUCCUAUGACAGAAGCUGCAAAACGUCUCGUAGCAGUACUAUUUAACCAGCCUACUUCACAGCUAUCCCACAUUUUGUUUUAUGUAAAUAUGAGAUUAUGAGUUUUUAAUUUGUCUCCAAAUAUGCAUCAAAACACGUUCCUAAACUUAGUUUAUGAGGAUUAUGAGAUGAUUAUAUAAUAUGUUGGUGAUCAAAUCCAGCUUGACCCGAAGUGAUAUAUCACAAAUAUGUCAGAUUAUUCUAUUUAAGCUACACAAGCUUUGUUUCAACUGAGUCAUUCAGAGGACAUGAUCAGUUCUAAAACAUUGUCUUGCUACAAUUACAUUUUGUGGCCUCUUGCUGAGAGCUUUUUGAGUUACUCAGACAUUAUAAAUGAGUAAAAAAGAAAAAAACACUAACAAAAAGCUUGUAAGACCUGCAUUUAUUUACAUUUAUAUACUGUAAAUGGCAAUUUUUACACAAAUUGUCCCAUUUUGAGAGGACAGCUGAAUUUGUCUUUUAGAAAGGCAGACUCCCUCCUUUUCUCCUGCUGGUGUGUGGGACAGGGUCCAGCAGUACUUGAGCUUGAACAAACAGGCCAUUCAAAGCAAACAGCAAAGGACUGCAUGCUUGUCCGCCUGUUGCAUUUUUAGUAGGGUAAGAAACACUGAAUCACCACAACCUCGACAGUGCUCAGCUCUGAGUGUCGUCUCUAAACAUCCUCUGCUACUCUAGUUUCUGCACCAUUUUCCUAGAAGCACCCAUAGAGGGACUCUCAGCACAUCCUGUUUCACAUAAUCUGCAUAUGAACAAAUAUAACACCUAUUUCAUGGUUACAAAGGUUGUGUACUUGCAUUAAGGGUUGAAAAAUGAAUAUUGAGAUGGUGUCUUGAAUACGACCACCACUGAUUUGUUGGUUACUGAGUUAGUUUGGUAUUCAGUUUAAUGACUUGACUAAGUUAAAGGUUCUCUUUAAUAGUGGAAGAAAUUUACUGCUGUUGCUCUUUUGUCUUCAGUAUCUCUAUACAUUUACUGCUGUUGCUGUUCUAUCUUCAAUGUCUCUACAGAAUAUUGCAAAGCAAUAUUACCUUUAACUUGCUAAUGAGUAGUUAUACUUAUUUUCUUCUUUUUGUGUCUCCUUUUACACAGCUGUAAGACCUUGUAACCAAAAUACUGUGGUGUUUACACAAUCUGUAAAAUAUACUGGGCAUGGCUACCCACUGUGCAGAAUGACAUUCCUGUACAUGUUUCUGUUGUAAUUUAUGAUUGAACUAUGAUAAAGAGCAAAACAUCCCAUCUUGUGCUGUCCCGACUUUUCCUAUCAUUUUACCACUGCAUAUUUUCAAAACAGUUUGCAUGCUGCAAGUAGUAUUGUUCAGAGAAAAUGAAGGAAAUAUUAUCUUGCAGCUUUUGCUUUAAAUUCGUUUCUUGUAUGUUUCUCCACUGAACAAGGUCACAUUUUUUCGUCAUUGUGGGAAAACCAGGUGUGAAAUUACAACAUGAAUCAUCACACAAGUGUUGGACAAAAAAAUAUACAUAUUAAACAAAUUUACGCA